AUGGCCGUUUCCAAGACUUCUAACGUUGUACUCGCCCGUGGCAUCAACGCCAUCUCACGCAAUAGCCUCUCAAAGAAGAAUGGUCGCGGUAUGAUGGUUAAAAAGGGUGGCGAAAAGAAGGUUGUUGCCAAGCAGAAAGCAACGACUCGAAAGUGGUACCCUGCUGACUUCAUCCCUAAGCCACUUAAGUCAGCCAAGACAAAGCGCAACAGUGUAAAGACUGCGAAGCUGCGAAAGUCUAUCACACCAGGCACAAUUUUAAUUCUACUUACUGGUCGCUUUCGUGGCAAGCGUGUCGUCUUCCUUAAGCAAUUGGCUUCAGGUCUAUUGCUCGUUACUGGUCCGUACAAAGUCAACGGCGUACCCAUUCGUCGUGUGAACCAGUCUUACGUGAUUGCUACUUCGACAAAGGUAAAUAUCGAGGGGCUGAAUCUUCCAGCCAUCGAUGACGCCUACUUUGCCAAGGAGAAAGCUGCCAAGAAGAACAAAGAGGAUCAGUUUUUUGCACAGUCAAGCGCGGCUCCCGUCAUCCCAGAGCAGCGCAAGCAGGACCAGAAGGCUGUGGACUCGGUUCUGCUGAAAAAGCUUGAUGCUGAGCCGUUCCUUAAGGCCUACUUGAACGCUAAAUUCUCGUUGACCAAGAAUGACCGCGUCCACACCUUGAAGUUUUAA